UUGGAUUGUUCAAACUGGGUUCAACGGUACCCUCUGACCAGAUCCAGCAUCACAAACAGAACGGAACUCUUAGAAACAAAGGUCGGUCACAUACAAUCGUGGACUUCACGUAACAUCCUAAGGUUCUACACAUCGGGGCGAGUUCCAUGAGAAGAUGAUUGCCACAGGAGAAACUACUGGAUAUGAUGGGCACGGCUCUGUGGGAAUUCCCAAAAGUACAGGACUGGACCGACACAAGAACGAGACAAAUGUUAACGCUUAUCACUUCGCAGCUGGUGCCACGGAUAUGGAAUGCACCGACAGAGGAAUUUUGGGAAUGUAUGCCGAAUAACAUGUCGCGCACCUCACCUGCCGGUAGAUUCUUGGUCGACGAGCACAUCGAACUCAGUGUUCAAGACAGAAAACUUCAGAUUUAUAUCUGCAUUGGGAAGAAUGAACAAGAAAAAAUACUAGCGCGGAGGCUUUAUUGGCAAGUCGAGGAGAAGGAGAACUGGAAAACUCUGUAACACUGGCACGGACUCAUGAAUGGAGCUGAAGUUCUGUUGGUUGAGAAAGUCGGCGACAUUGAUCCACGUUGGUGCACUUUCAGAGCAGGGGAAUCUUUUCACGACGUUAUAGAUGACAAUACAUCAUCCUCCCGAACUUUGACUUCGAAUGCAUUGAUCUUUUGUAUAUUCAGAUUAAAUCGACGCCUAUCAGGUCAAGUUUAUAGAUUGCUUGAUAAGGCUGGUCCACUAACUCCGACCCUCCAUCGUUCAGUUCAGAUGAGUGUCGGAGUGCUAGAGAACGCUUUCGUGCAUUCUGAUCAUACUUAAUGCUGGAUAACUAACUAAGAUAGUUAGACCACUUUGAAGAAAUACUUAUAUAAAAGUAUAUACUAUUCACAAGUCAUUAAAAAUAAAGAGUUUUUUUUUCA